AUGCCAGAAGCUAAAGGCCCUCUGGACGGUAUACGCGUCAUUGACCUUGGUCGGCACCAGGCCGGCCCCCGCUGCGCCCAGGUUUUGGCCCGUUUGGGUGCCGAAGUCAUCAAGGUGGAACGCCUCGGAGGCGAGGAGACCCGCUACCACGCACCCUGGGUCCGCAAGCAGUCCGCCUACUGGGUUCAGUACAACAGCGGCAAGAAGAGCCUGAGCAUCGACCUCCGCAAGGAGGACGGCAAGGAAGUCCUCCGCAAGCUGGUCAAGGUUUCCGAUGUCCUGCUGCAGAACUUCCGCCCCGGCACCAUCGACACCAUGGGUUUCGGGUACGAUGUUCUCUACGAACUGAACCCACGCAUCAUCAUGGUCAACGUUUCCGCCUACGGCCAAUUCGGCCCUUACCGGGAACAGAUCGGCUACGACCCCAUUGGCCAGACCAUGUCCGGAAUCGCCAUGGUGACCGGUGAGGAGGGAAUGCCUCCCAUCCGCGCCGGCGUACCCAUCAUCGACCGCACAACCGCGCUCCACGCUGCCAUUGGAACCCUGGCUGCCCUCCAUGAGCGCGAGACCUCCGGCGUUGGUCAGACCAUUGACGCCUGCUUGGCCGACACCGGUUACAGCUAUACCGAAAUUCCCAUCACUGCCUACCACGGCGCCGGCAUCGAACCCAGGCGCGGCGAGUCCGCAGCCCCUCCGUCGGGCACCUACCCCUGCAAGGACGGUUGGGUGCUGAUCUCCGCUGGCGACCAGCACCACUGGCAUCGCGUCUGUAACGCCCUUGGCAAGCCCGAGUGGCUGGAGGACCCCCGGUUCACCACCCGCCACGAGCGCGGCGCCAACGGUGAAUUGGUCAACCAGGCCAUGCAAGACCUGAUGGCCGACAUGACCAUGCGUGAAGCCAUCGCGCACUUCACUCACCACGACGUGGUUGCCGCCCCCGUCAACACCAUCGCCCAGGCCGCGGCCGACCCGCAUCCGUGGGAGCGUCGCGCAAUGGUUGAGGUGGACGACUGGUUGGCUGGUUCCAUCGCGGUCUCCGGCGACUUCUGGCACUUCAGCCGCACGCCUGCCGUGAUCGGCACUACCCCACAGGUGGGAGAGCACAACGAAGACGUGCUCACCGGCAUCCUCGACUACACCGAGGACCAAGUCCAGGCAAUGUACGAGGCCAACGUCAUCGGCACCUUCCACCACUACGACGAAGUCCCCGGCUAA